GCGCAGCUUGUCUCGCAUUCGCACUCUCUCGCCGCAAGCAAUCAGCCGCAGCAGGGCAUCUCCAUCUGUGAACGCCAGAGCCCGCGGCCUCUCCAGCAAGCGACAUCUGCAUUUUCUGUGCAUCUCUGAUUGAUUGCAGCCGCCGCGAUUCGCCUGUUCCUUCGCCAUGACCGACAAGCUCCCCCCUAACUUGUUGGCGCUCUUUGCCGCGCGACCGCCGCUGCGAUGGGUAGAACCCUCUGACCAUGCGCCUGAGAAGCGCAGGACAGCUCCCAUUGGUGGCCUCGCCGCUUAUCUGCCCGAGCUGCAGAAGUACAAGGAGACGGAUGACUAUAAGCCCACCGAGAGCUGGCUGGAGAUGCGCGAUCGGAAAAAGCGAGAGCAGAAGGAGGCUGCUGCAAGUUUGGUGACCGAAGGACCAAAACAAUUUAAACCCAACGAGGAUCCCAAUAUCCGUGGCGAUGCCUUCAAGACUCUCAUCGUUGCCCGUCUCAGCUACGACGCUGACGAGCGUGAUUUGGAAAGGGAGUUUGGACGGUUUGGUCCCAUUGAACGUAUUCGCAUUAUUGUUGAUACCCAUGCCCACGAGAAGCCUAAUAAGAAGAAGAAGCCACACAGGGGUUAUGCAUUUGUCGUUUUUGAGCGCGAGAAAGACAUGAGAGGUAAACAAACCCCAAAACCCUUCCAUGCUAUAUGACCAUCCAAUCCAAUCCCGGUGGAUGUACCUCGAAGAUGUGGCCCUCAAGCUUGCCCAUCCGUAGAAGCAUACCACGAGACGUUCACAAGGCCCUCAAGCUUGCCUGUCUCACUCUUGCCCGCUUUUUUUUUUUCCAAAUCGUGAAUAUCUUUUCUAUGGUAAGAGU